UUGGUAGAGCUUGGAGUGCGAGGAGGUUUCCUUGGUGAGAUGAGCUGGAAGCUGCACCUUUGUGCUCCUCUCGAAGAGUUGGAUGGAAAGAGAAGAUGUGAGCUGGAGAAGCCAGGCUUCUUCCCUCGGCGAUGCAGGGAAAGAAGCUGGACAGCCUUCUCUCCUUGGAAGGAUUGUAGAAAGAGAUAGAAGAAAGUGGGGACAGACCUUAUAUUGGCCCGGUGACCUCACAGGUCAUGGGGUCCAGAGUGACCAAUGGGAGUUGAAACCUGUGUCCCUGGGGGGGUUUUCACACCUCUGUGUGACGUUGCCGCACCCUGGGAGGCCUUGCUCUGGUUUUCUCCAGACAAAGGGACAUGUGGCUUCAGGCUUUUGACUACCAUAUAGGCCGAACUUUGGUCUCACAAAAACCAUGUCCCAACAUCCCCCCUUCGUUCUCAGGAUCGCACCUGACGUGGGUCCCUGAGGGCGAACUUGAACAUGUUUAGUCCAAAGCUGGAAAAGUCAAUUUUCAUUUCAUUUGGAUGGUAACAUCUGGGCAUUUGUGUAUACUAUCUAGUUUGGCUAAGCAAGAUUCAAAUUAGACAAAUAAUUCAGAUCACAAUGACAGUACAAUAUGAAUAACCUGUGCUCUUCACUAGGUUAGGGAGAAAACGGUAAAAUUAGACAUUGUAAAUUGUACGGUAAGAUGCAGAGAGAGUGGCACAUACAAUGAUACGGUCAUUUUUGGAAUGUCCAAGAGUUUUGUGUUCACUCAUUGGAUCCUACUCAAUGUAGUACUCAGUCUGAUCUGUUAGACUUAACAAUUUUAAAAUUCUGCACAAGGGUGUCAUAAUUUUUCAAAGUCUCAAAAUUCAAAUGACUGUAUCAUUGUUUCUGUAAUAAUAUGCUAAUGUCCUAACAUGUGUGGUAUGGACUUCAUUAUUAUGAAAUGGAAAGUAGUCGAUCCAAACAUAUUGACAUGAGUUGGCAGUGGUAUAUAAGUUCAAUCAGAAUUUAGGUUUUGGAGUUUGCUGCUGUUGCUAACAAAACAGUUUUCCUAUUAACUGCAAGAAACUUAAUACUGACUGUCAGUACAGGGGUGAACUGUGUUAGUUAUGGCCGUGAGAAGCGAGCUCUGGAUCGCCUGUGUCGUGGCUCAGGGCUGUAACGCUCUGGGGAGCCAGAGUCCAAGAGGACUUCAGAGGCUACAAUGCUGAUUACCCCUGAAACUCCAUAGUGGUGAGUAGAUAAUGAGUGAAUUUUUUAUUUUUGGGUGAAAUAUCCCUUUAACAAUGCACAUGCGAAAUGUGAGGCCGAUAAGAAGAACAUCCAUACAGACAGACAGAUUUCUGGAAUUAGUAGAAAGGUGUCGAAUCCCAGUGUCCAAUGUCCUUUUGGAGCUUUCACAGCCUUUUGCUGUUGUGUUCAGGUGUAAAGAAGUAGGACAUAAUGUUGACAUGAGUCACGUCAGACUAGUCUCUGUAACAUAUAAUCAGGAUUAUGAAUGGAAUAUUCUAUUAGCAACUCAUGUAAAAGUCAUAUUCAAGAUAAUUUCUCCAGAAUAAUGUUCGUAGUCAAAAUCUUGCGGUCCUUGUAAACAUAGUUACUGUGUGUGAAGAAAAACAGAUCAGUGAUAUCAAUUAAACAUGAACAACAGCAACAGUGAUGAUGUGUAAAGAGCUUCAUGUCCACCCAGUGUUUGUGGAGGUUUUAACAGGAUACGUGUCACCUUCGUACAAUGGUUAAGAGUUAACCACUUCCUGUGCACUGCUGGUAGCCUGUGAACAUGUGAACAUUCAGCCUAUGUGCAUCCGUGAUUUCUUUCUCUCAACUAUGGCACCCUAUACAAACUGUACAUUCAGCAAAGCAAGCUGUGAGCAUUGUGUGCUGUUCAAAGUUGCUUCCUCCAGUUAUUUAGCAGAACUGAACUGACAUCUCUGGGUGGUAGUGGUUUUUAGAGGGGGUGGGGAUGUUAGUGUUAUCGAAAAUCAGAUGGAAAAAGGUGGAAGUGAAAGUGUUACAGUUAAAGUGUAACCUGUCACUCUGCCGCAGCAGUCACAAAUGGAUAAGUUUAGGGUGGUUCUGAACAUUGCCAACAAACAGUCCAACCUUGGUUUUGGACUGUUGGCCCUGUUGACAGCAGGAGGGGAGCAGAUUUUCUCCUCAGUGGUGUUCAGUUGUCCCUGCAAUGAGUGGAACUUCAUAUACGGUUUGGUGUUCCUGCUGGUACCCGGUCUGGCUCUGCUGCUCCUGGGUUACAUCCUGAAUAAGAAGACGUGGAAGCUGUUGACAGGUUUGUGCCACGGCAGGGCCAAGCUGUGCAGCUGCAAAAGGCUGAGAGCUGCCGUGACAGUCCUCUUCCAGAUCAACACCACAGCGCUGGUGGCACCUUUCACCUGGAUUGCUGUGGCUCUGCUCAACGGCAACUACUAUGAGUGUUUGAUGACUGGGACCAAGGUUAGUCCAGUCCAACAUCUGUGUGGAAAAAGCAACUCCAAGGUCCUGUGUGAGAACCUGCACAGGUUUCCCUGUAGAGAUGACAGGGUACUGAAGGCUGACAGAGAGGAUGUCCUGCUUGCCCUGAAAGCUCAGUCUCAGAUAUUGGGUUGGCUGCUCAUCGCCUCUGUCAUGUUGUCCAACCUGCUGCUGACCUGUCUGGCUCGGUGCAGCUCCCCCAUCAGCUACCUGCAGCUCAAGUUCUGGAGGGCAUAUGCUCAGGAGGAGGGCGAGCUUAUUGAAUCAUACAAUGCGAAACACGCCAAAGAACUUGCCCAGAGGAACCUUCAGAGUUUCUUCAACCAGAAACAAGCUGAACCCAUCAUCACCCCUUCCAACAAAGACUGGGAGAAGAUCUCCUCCCUCUACAAAUUUAGCACCAAAGGACAGUACUACAGCACCUUGCACCGCUAUGUGGAGACCUGCCAGGAGAGUGACGACGGGAUGAUGAGGAUGGCUUCCAUUGCGUCAAGCGGGUCUGCUGACGGCCACCCUGCUGUUCUAGAAUUUGUUUGAUUGCACGAUUCCGGUGUGAGGUCUGCUGAUGUAUGGAUUACACUGAUAUCAUCACUGAAUUACACUCAGUUGUUGUGCAAUAAUGCAUUAAACGUGAUACCAUAAAAUGGUGUGCCUUUCGGCAUUCAAUAAAUUUGGUUAU